CCACAUUGCCAAAACUUUAACUAAACAUAACCUCCUAUUUCCCAUUUGUAUCUCUCUCUUUUAUUUUAAUCAGGGUCGUGCUCGGAAGCUCAAAUUCUCAGAACAUAAACCCCAAGAAGCCUCUUAGAAUAGAAUAGAAGCUAACUUUCUCUUAUUCUGGGGCUCAAAAUUCUUGAGAAUGGCGAGGGAGUGAGAGUUGGUGUUUCUUAGAAUGGUCGUCAUGUGUUGGAAGAGCAAUAGAUUGUGUUAUUUUGAUGACACAAGAAGACAACUUCAUCAUCGACGUAAACAACAAAGGGAUUCAACACAAGAAACAGGACAAGAAGUUUUCACAGCCAUGGCUUCUAGCAGCUGGUCUAAGAUUUCCUCCCCAAUCAUUUCUCUUCUUGUUUGCUUCCUUCUUGUUUCUUCUUCAAUGUGUUCGGUAGCCCACGCCUCCGAAAUGGCUAAUCAGACUUUUAAUCCGGAGCAGCAGUUAAAGAAGUUGAAGAACAUGAAGGCUCGUCUCAGAAGAAUCAACAAGCCUGCCUUCAAGACAUUUCAGAGUCCAGAUGGUGAUCUCAUAGAUUGUGUUCACUCUCAUCUGCAACCAGCUUUUGAUCAUCCUCGAUUAAAGGGACAGAAGCCAUUGGAUCCACCGGAGAGACCAAAAGGGCUUAAUCCCACUAGCAUGAUCCAUGAAAAUUUUCAGCUGUGGAGCUUAUCAGGCAACAUAUGCCCCGAUGGAACAAUUCCGAUUCGAAGAACAAGAGAGCAAGACGUGCUCAGAGCUAGCUCGGUUCAAAGAUACGGAAGAAAAUCAGUAAGGCAUGUUCGAAGAGAUUCAUCAAGCAAUGGCCACGAGCAUGCAGUUGGGUAUGUGAGUGGAGAUCAAUACUAUGGAGCAAAAGCAAGCAUCAAUGUCUGGGCACCAAAGGUUUUGAAUCAAUAUGAAUUCAGUUUAUCUCAAAUGUGGGUCAUUUCUGGUUCGUUUGGCAACGACUUGAACACCAUUGAAGCUGGCUGGCAGGUUAGCCCAGAGCUAUAUGGGGACAACUAUCCUAGAUUCUUUACUUACUGGACUACAGAUGCAUAUCAAGCAACUGGGUGCUACAAUCUGCUGUGUUCGGGUUUUGUUCAGACGAAUACUCGAAUCGCCAUUGGAGCUGCAAUUUCCCCAACUUCUGGUUACAAUGGUGGACAGUUUGAUAUCAGCUUAUUGAUUUGGAAGGAUCCAAAGCAUGGAAAUUGGUGGCUGGAAUUUGGGAAUGGGGUUCUAGUAGGAUACUGGCCAUCAUUCUUGUUCACUCAUCUUCAGAACCACGCAAGCAUGGUACAAUUUGGUGGAGAAGUUGUAAACUCAAGACCUUCUGGAUCUCACACUGCAACACAAAUGGGAAGUGGCCAUUUUGCAGGAGAAGGUUUUGGCAAAGCUUCUUACUUUAGAAACUUGCAAGUUGUGGAUUGGGACAACAGCCUAAUCCCAUUAUCAAACCUCAAAGUGUUAGCAGAUCAUCCAAAUUGCUAUGACAUCCAAGGAGGGAUUAACAAUUUUUGGGGAAAUUACUUUUACUAUGGUGGUCCUGGAAGAAAUGUGAGGUGUCCCUAAGGGAAAAGAAAAGGUAUAGAGCUAGGGUUUUAUAUUCAUUUUUUUUACAUAAUAUUAAAUUUUCUCGUUUUCAUUUUCUUCUCUUGGGUUGAUUUGGGUUUCUCUUGGAAAUCCAUUAGCAAUUGAGUUUGGGGUAUUCUUGUAUUUGUUUUCCUUCCCUUUUUUUCUCCCAACUAACAGGUGAUCCAUUAAUCACACCACCCUUAGGGACUCAUGUAAAUUUGGAGGAAAACAAAAGGUAAUAGUGAUUAUUCUAUGGCUUGUGAUUUU